CAGGAUACUAUCAUUGCACUCCUCGAGCAUGUGUCGCAGGGUCUUGAGCAACAGAAUUCUAUGCCAUCUCAGCAACGCUUGCGUGAAAUGCGAGAUGAGGCCACAUUCAAGGAACGCCAGCUUGAGUCUAGUCAACAAACGACUCAGCGCCUCAUUCAAGAGCGUAAGCAGCGUGAGGCUGAAAUGCUUAAAAUAGAAAAUCUUGAUGAGAAGAUUCAAAUUGAGUUAGCUUCGCUCCAGCAGAAAAUGGAAGUCAUGCGCGGAGACAUGUUAGAGUUCGACGAUAUCGAUGGUCUUCGUCAACGCGCCGCGGCAACAAUGAGCGCCCUUUCGAGGCUACUAAAGGAAUAUCAGAGUCGUCAAGAAUCUGUGAGGUCACAGGUCACACAUCUCACUGCAAAAUAUGAAGCCCUCAAGGGAAAGAUUCAAUCGUCAGAGUCUGCCAAGACUCUAUCUGGUCUCGAGGCCAAGUUACGUACAUACGGGCAGACUAUAUUCCAUCUUCAGGAAUACGUCGAGACGAAAGGUCGUGAGACUGACUACAAGGUCGUAAAAGAGUCCUGCUUGACAAUCGUCGAGAAAUUAAACGUGCAAGCUAAAACGUCGGCUGCCGUCGGCCACGUUUAAAUGACUACGAAUAAGCAGCUAUCAACCGAAACCAGAGUGAAUGGGUUCAUAUUUCCGGAUAGAUUCGCUAUGGAUCGAAGAAAAUACCCCCUGUUCAGUCGCUUCCCCCACCAGCCCCUUCCGUACGCACGUGCGAGAUUCAUGGGGUGCGGCACGUCAACUCCUGCGCAGCUCUAGGCUUGCGUUGGCUAGGCGGCCUAGGCCGCCGGCCUGGCGGCGAGGAAAGGCGGGUAAAUCACGGUCCCCGGGG